AAAGCAAUUCCCAUGUUGUCAGUGCCGUACAGAUGGCAUUGGUUUAAAUUGUUUUGGGUGCAGGGUAUCUACUAUGUCUACUUCCAAAGCAGGUACCCCUAUUUCGGACCGUGUAUAUUGCAACAUUCUGAAAUAUACCUCUACAAAAACCUUCAAGUGUAUAUUCUAAAAGAUUCUGCUCUUUCUUUUCGCCGUACCCAAAUAUCCACCUACAUCAUGGUAAAUCCUUUCUACUAUAGUCUUCGCUUGCUUAUCGGCUUAAACUGGUCUACUUCUGAAAGUUGCGAGAAAAAAACACUUCAAAAUACGCUACCCAAACUUUUUUUCGAUAAACCCUAAACAACUGUUAACUUGUUUGUUAGUCCCUCAUUACCUGUUGCAAUAUGAUCACCCCGAAAACAGCAUACAGAAUGCUUUACUACUCCCUUCCAUUUUACAUGUUGACCACCACCGAGUCGGUGAUGUUGCAUAUGGUAUUAGUAUUGUUUGCUGGUCUCCUUAGCUACAGUUUCUACAACGCUGCACAAGUGGCAAGCAAACUCAUUGCCGCCAACUUGUAACCACACAUAGUUGCCCCCUGAAUCGGUCUAUCCGUCGCAUGAUACUGUUUCAUGGAUAGACCCGUGUUAAUACGUCUUCUAUAAUGAAUAUACCUAAUAUUUUAAACGUGAACACGCAGGUGAAUAGCUGGUGAGUAUCCACCAUGUCUUUGUCUACCAUGAAGAUGUAAAGAGUUUGCAUUUGUCUCAACUAACUCUGAUUCUCUAGAAUACUAUAUGCUAUAUUAUGUCUAUCUCACUGGAUGUGAUGAAAAUCGCGUCUCAAAUAAACAGUACAUAUGUACAAACUGUCUACUGGUGUAAGAGCAAAAUUCAAGCCCCCGAGGCCACUUGGCAUUGCCCCCGUCAAGGAAUCCCCACCUACAUCACAGGGAGAUGGGAGUCUUUCCAAUAAAAGAAAACUUGGUCAAAUCACUCCAGUACACCGAAAGUU